AUGGCAGACACGCAGAAUUAUCCUCCACGGGUCUGUCGCAUCUGCCUAGAAACCGUGCUGCCCACUUUUCAACCUUCAGAAUUUCUCCAGAAGCCUCGAGUGGUUUAUGAAUCCUCCGAUCCGGAAUCUGGUCGUUUGUUAAGUCCUUGCCAAUGCAAAGGCUCCUCGCGUUAUGUCCACGAGGGUUGCCUGCAGUCAUGGCGCCAUGCCGACCCCAAAUAUGGGACAAGAAACUUCUGGGAAUGUCCUACCUGUGGCUUCCAGUAUCGUCUCGAGCGUCUAACCUGGGCAAGUUGGAUCAGUAGCACUACUGCCCAAUUAACUCUCACCAUCGGCAUUCUUUUGUUAACCGUAUUCCUGCUUGGAUUCAUUGCUGACCCCAUCAUCGAGUUUUACCUGGGCCCUGUGGAAGUCUACACUGAAUUGGUGGAGGAAGAUGCAUCCUGGCUGGAACACUUCCUCAAGGGACUGGCAUCUUUGGGCCUCUUGUCCUUUCUGAAGGCAAUAUUUGCGCUGUCGCCUUUCCCUUGGAACCUACGAUCUGUGGCAUCAGGUCGCAAUUCAAGCCGUAAUCGGGCCGCCCAGUUGAACUGGCUAAUGAUUAUCGUUGGCAUUGGGACUUUCCUUUGGGCUGUUUACAAAGGAGUUCGCUCAUGGAGUAGACGCACUUUAGAAAGGGCUGGCGAACGAGUCAUGGACGUAUCACUCCCAGGGGAUGAGAGUGACCCAGCUGUCCCACCAGGUGAAGGUCACUCUGGAGUCAAGACAGACUAG